AGAGACAAGAUGGCGGCGGCGGAGUUUUGAGGCGGAGGGGGGAGUUCGGGAGCGUCUAUCACCGGGAUAAUGGCCGUAGCGGAGCACACGGGAGGAACCGGAGGAGCCCGGAGCUGCUGAGCCGCCAGGAAACAUGGAUGAGCAUCUCGUAGGAGACCCUGGAAUUUGGAAUUACACGGCGAUGUGGGAUAAUACUUUGGACAGCGGUCAGGCAGAAUGUCUGAGUGACUGACGAUAUGGGUGUGAAUGCAUCAAGCUACCCCCACUCGUGUUCCCCGAGGGUAGGGGGAAACUCACAGACGCAGCAGACGUUUAUAGGAACAUCCUCCUACUCUCACCAAGGUUUCGGCUAUGACUCCAAGUUAUACAGCCUUGAACAUGGCCACGAAAAACCACAAGACAAGAAAAAGAAAACCUCCGGCCUCGCCACGCUCAAAAAGAAAUUCAUCAAGCGGCGGAAGUCGAGCAGGUCGGUGGAUCACGCCAAGCAGAUGAGAGAACUGCUGUCCGGCUGGGAUGUCCGAGACGUAAAUGCUCUCGUGGAGGAAUACGAGGGGACGGCGGCCUUAAAGGAGCUCUCUUUGCAGGCCAACGUAGCACGUCCAGAGGCAAGGACUUUACAGAAAGAUAUGGCCGACCUUUAUGAAUACAAGUACUGUACAGAUGUGGAUCUGAUAUUCCAGGAGACGUGCUUUCCGGUGCACCGUGCCAUAUUGGCAGCAAGGUGUCCUUUCUUCAAGAAGCUGCUCUCGUCGUCUCCGGAGUAUGGGGCGGAGAUUAUCAUGGAUAUCAAUACCGCAGGUAUCGACAUGCCUAUGUUCUCCGCCUUGCUGCAUUACCUGUACACGGGGGAGUUUGGCAUUGAGGACUCCAGGUUCCAGAACGUGGACAUCCUUUUGCAACUCAGUGAGGAAUUCGGUACACCCAACUCGUUGGACAUGGACUUGCGUGGGCUCUUUGACUACAUGUGCUACUACGACGCGGUGCUUAGCUUUUCCUCUGACUCCGAGCUGGUGGAGCAGUACGGAGCUCAGAGCUGCUUGGAGGAGGAGCUCCGGGCCCACAAAGCGAUCCUCUCCGCACGUUCUCCGUUCUUCCGCAACCUGCUGCAAAGGCGAAUACGGACUGGGGAGGAGAUCACGGACCGGACAUUAAGGACUCCAACCCGAAUCAUUCUAGAUGAAUCCAUAAUACCAAAAAAAUAUGCGAAAGUCAUUUUACAUUGCAUGUACACGGAUGUCGUGGAUCUGUCUUAUGUCUUGCACUGUAGCCCAUCUAUCGGGAGUCUGAGCGAAGUGCAGGCUCUAGUAGCAGGAAAGCCAAACAUGACCCGGGCAGAAGAAGCAAUGGAGCUCUACCACAUAGCACUAUUCCUGGAGUGUAAUAUGCUUGCACAAGGCUGCGAGGAUAUCAUUGCAGAGAGCAUCUCUCUAGACACCUUAAUCGCCAUCUUGAAAUGGAGCUCACAGCCCUACGGGUCCAAAUGGGUGUACCGCCAAGCUUUGCACUUUCUGUGUGAGGAGUUCAGCCAGGUCAUGAUCUCAGACGUCUUCUAUGAGCUCAUUAAGGACCAUCUGCUGAGCGUCAUCCAGUCCGACUAUCUGCAGGCAAGUGAGCAGGAUAUAUUGAAAUAUCUCAUCAAGUGGGGAGAAUAUCAGCUAAUGAAGAGGAUAGCCGACCGAGAGCCGAAUCUGCUCAGUGGCACAGCACAUAGUGUGAACAAACGAGGCGUUAAACGCAGGGACCUGGAUGUGGAGGAGCUGAGGGAGAUACUGUCUCCUCUGCUGCCUUUUGUCCGCAUCGAACAUAUCUUGCCCAUGAACAGUGAUGUUUUGAGCGACCCCAUGAAGAGGGGUCUGAUCAGCACUCCUCCUGCAGAUAUGUUGCCAAUGUCUGAGAGUGGGAAGUCAAACUCUUGGUUGCGCCAAAAAAACGCUGGGAUCUAUGUCAGGCCUAGACUGUUCUCACCAUAUGUGGAGGAAGCCAAGUCUGUGCUGGAUGAAAUGAUGGUGGAGCAGACAGAUCUGGUUCGUUUAAGGAUGGUUCGAAUGUCCAAUGUUCCAGACACGUUAUACAUGGUGAACAACGCCGUGCCCCAGUGUUGUCACAUGAUCAACCACCAGCAAAUGAACAGCAGCCAGACGAGCCCUCCCACCGUUGUAGCAAAUGAAAUACCAGUUCCUCCCCUUGGCGUGGUGAAGGAGAUGAUUCGUCGCCUGCAGGAACUUCGCCACACAGAGCAAGUUCAGCGUGCGUACGCCUUAAACUGCGGAGAAGGUGCUACAGUCAGCUAUGAGAUCCAGAUCAGAGUCUUGAGAGAGUUCGGGUUGUCUGCUUCUGCAGCUGAGCUGUUACAGAAUCCUCACAAAUUCUUCCCAGAUGAAAGGUUUGGUGAUGAGAGCCCUCUUCUGACCCUACGCCAGCCUGGGAGAUGUAGGAUUAACAGCACCCCUGCUACGGAAACCAUGUUUACUGACAUAGACUCUUACGUGGCCUUCCAUCCUCCGUUGCCCCCUCCACCUCCCCCUUAUCACCCACCAGCUACACCCAUUCACAAUCAAUUCAAGGUGGGCUGGAAGCACAGAGUGCCUAGCCAACACCCCUCUCGCUCCUUCUCUUAUCCCUGCAACCAUACAGUGUUCCACUCUAGAACCAUUCCUAAAGCUACACCGCCUUCCUACCUUCCUGGUGUCAAAACUGUACCCCCUGAUUGCACUAACAAUACCGGCCUUGGAAGACAGACUGUAGCAGCGGCUGCAGCAGCCGCCCUGGCAGCGGAACAGCAAGCGUGCGGUGAACCGGUUCUAAAUGAGUUCAUGCCGGACAUAGCAAUGGGAGUCUCCUCAAUGUCACUGAAGGACCGGAGACUGCCGGAACUAUCCAUCGACACGCAGCUGAGCCAGCAAGUAUCUGACAUGAUGCCGCUUCACCCCCCGCACCAUGCAUGCAUCCCCAGCCGACAUAUGCACAGUUCAAGGAAGAAACAAACUAUAGAACAGAAAAUGGAUUCCCGUGAAAGCCAACCAGAGUACCCAGAGUUUUAUGACUUUUCCAACUCUGCCUGCCGCCCGUCCACGCCGGUGCCCAGCAGACACUCCCCUUUGGCCUCGCAGGGCAUUUAUUUUGGCCCCGAUUUGUACAGUCACAGCAAACCACCCCCAAGCGGGUUAAAGCCCUCCUAUCUCUCCAACCAGAUGUCUCCGAAGAAGCCAGAUGACUCAAGGAGAGAUUACCUGUUCUCCCUGGACAGUCACCCGCACAGGCAAAAGAAUGAACCAUUACACCUCGAUGUCUUAGAACAGCCUCCUCAAAGACUCGACCUCGCCCUCGCUGCCCAAGAGGGCACCAGCCACGGCUCUCACCAUGGCAGGGGACGUACGAAAAUGGAAUCCGACUUGACCUACGGCCUGACCUCUAGCAGACCCUCGCACUCUGCCUACAGCUCCGACCGGCAGGACGAGCGGGUGUUUAGGAGGAUACCAGACAGCGACCAGAGGAACGCCGACCUGGAGCGCGAAGAUGCCGUGGGCAGGGAGCGACGAUCUCCUAAUAAGCCUGACUUUCUCUACAAGAAAUCCGCUCUAUGAGAAAAACAAAAAAUAUAUGAAAUAACCUCUCGACAUAAUCUCUGUGCCUAAAACUUGUGGAGUACACCUAACACGGAUUUAUUCUGAGCGGUGUCAAUCUAUGCUUUACCGGAACCAUAACCCAGCCUGCAUUAUUUUCUGUCAUGCGUCACAGCGGCAGCAUGCUUCCCGUAUCCGCCAUGGUGGCUUCUUUAUACAUAAUGGAUGUUUGAAUUUUUUUGAUUCUUUAGCUGGCACCUUGAUUUUCCUAACAUUUUAUUUGCAGUCUAAUUUUGCACCUGAAACGUUUGCCUCUUAUGAUUUGCAGCAUGUUGGUUACCUAUGGGAACAGCGUAUUUGUAAUAUUUUUUAUUUUUUUGGUUUGCGUUGACCUCAUGGGUUUCAAUUUUCUAACGGGACAAAAAAAAAAAGUGUUAAUUUUGUAAUCCUGAAAUGAUCCAAAGAAGCACACAUCGGAUUCUCUGUCCUCGCACCGAGGUUACAUCACGUUCUGACGUCUUCCUGAUCUCUUUGGCGUCUGAAUUCCGUCCUGACCCAUGGUGACGCCACCCCCUCAUGCUCGCAUCCUGUGUCCUCACACACGGGGAACCUUUAUGCAGAAAGUAAAUCCUACUGUGAUACAUUUAAUAACCUGGCGGAAUAGCGGAGCUGAAGUUGUUGUUUGAUUCUCUGUGAUAUUGGGAAUUUUGCACGUGGUGAACUGUUCAUGACCUUGCGAUUUAAUUUGGGCCGUUUUACGUGAUAACGUACUAAAUUAUAUGAAAGGGGUUGGAGCACCCCUUUUUGCAGCCCACUAUCUGACGUAAGUGUCCCCGAAAGGGAGUUGUCCAAAGAGUACAACGCCAUAGACUCUGAUAGUUACCUCAAUGCGUUAACAAUGCAGCUUCAAAAUCCCAACUUUAAAUGACAAUUUCAGCUCUGCUACAUUUGUACGGCACGUCAUCCUAACCAAUAGGAUGUAGGUUUUAGUCACUGUAAAGGCAUGUGAUUGCAGAGGCCAUAGAUAUUGUGCAAUUUACAAUAUUGGCUUUACAUUUUACUUUUUAUUCAUUUUUUGCUGAAACUUGAUGGAUGGAUUUAUUACAUAGCAGGGCCAUGUCGGUGGUCACCGUUCUAUAGCUGAAUCAUCUUUGGUCAUUGGCUUUCCUACAAGGUUCAGCCAUGCUUUUUGCUUCCACGGACGGACAUUCUGAAAUUUGUAAAGGGUUUAGUGAUUUACCUUGUCGCAGGCUUAUGUAAGGUGGCUCCUCGGGGGUGGGGUUUCUAGCAGAGAGCUGUCGGUUUGUUACACAUGGUAUGUAUGAACCAGUGACAGGCGGUACAAUUCCGAUCGUUCUUUGCACAGACUUGCCUUUGGUUCAGGUAGAGUGUGCGAGCAGCGGGUCAAACUGUGUGUCUGGGUUGGCUUAUUUGUGACGGCUGGUGAGAUUGGGCAGGUUGCCUUCUGCAAAGGUAGUGCAGGUAGACCUGAUCGUCCAAGCGCUGGUGCUGUAUGGGGGUCGUCCAAUAUAGACUGGAUACUAUUGUGGCAAACACUCAGCUGUGAUAAGUCCUAGACCUGUAAGGGCAUUCAUCCUCUGAAUGCAGAACAAAAUAAAAAUGUUCCGGAGUCUUAAAGGGGUUGUCCCAUUACUACAACUUAUUCCCUAUCCAUAGAAUAGGAGAUAAGUGUCUGAUUUGCGGGGGUGGCAGUCUGUAUCCCAUAACAUUAUACACUGCUUGUUUCCAGAAGUUACGACCACCCUGCAAUCCAGCAGCCGUGGUGG